AGAAGACGAAGAAGAAGAAGAAGAAGAAGGAAGAGCUACAACAACUACUACUACUUUACGGUUAGAGUUGGUUGUCAGUAGAUUGGAUCAGCUGGCAGGCCGUUCCGCUAACGCAGACUCGAGCGUUCUUCCAGCUGAUCCAGUUUAACAGUCUACACCAGCCUAACGCGCGUGCUCGACAUAUUUCGGCAAGUAUUUCGGUAUUUUAACGUUAUUAACACAAAGCCUGUUAACGGUUAAACAUGAGCACUUCGUGGAGUGACCGUCUGCAGAAAUAUGCUGACCUUCCAGCCACGAUGGACGGGACAGCCAUGAAGAAGUACCGACGUGAGGCUCACCACAGCUUUCCAAGGAAUCUGGCUCAAAAACAUCCUGCAAUGAGAGUGUUUGUCAACCGAAGCUUGGCCAUGGAGAAAAUCAAGUGUUUUGGCUUUGAUAUGGAUUACACUUUGGCAGUGUAUAAAUCUCCUGAGUAUGAGUCUCUGGGCUUCCACUUGACUGUAGAGCGCCUGGUGUCCAUUGGAUAUCCACAAGAGCUGCUGAACUUUGUCUAUGACCCCUCCUUUCCCACCAGAGGUCUGGUGUUUGACACCACAUAUGGAAACCUCCUCAAAGUGGACACCUAUGGGAACAUCCUCGUCUGUGUGCACGGGUUCAACUUCUUGAGAGGAUCGGACAUAAGAGAGUCGUACCCCAACAAGUUCAUCCAGCGUGGAGACACAGAGCGUUUUUACAUCCUCAACACACUCUUCAACCUUCCUGAGACCUACCUCUUGGCUUGUUUGGUGGACUUCUUCAGCAGCUGCUCCAGAUAUUCCAGUUGUGAAGCUGGCUUCAAAGAUGGAGACCUUUUUAUGUCCUAUAAGAGCAUGUUCCAGGACGUCCGAGACGCAGUGGACUGGGUUCACUUCAAGGGUUCUUUAAAAGAUAAGACGGUUGAAAACCUGGAGAAGUAUGUGGUGAAAGAUCCGAAGCUUCCUCUGCUCCUCAGUCGCAUGAAUGAAGUUGCCAAAGUGUUUCUGGUCACCAACAGUGAUUACAAAUACACAGAGAAAAUUAUGACAUACCUGUUUGACUUUCCUCAUGGUCCAAAGCCAGGCACACCCCACCAGCCCUGGCAGUCCUACUUCGACCUUAUCCUGGUGGAUGCUCGGAAGCCGGUAUUUUUCGGUGAGGGUACGGUGCUGCGACAAGUCGACAUUAUUACAGGACGACUGAAGAUUGGAACGUACACCGGGCCUCUCCAGCACGGUAUUGUUUACUCAGGAGGUUCUUCAGACAUUGUCUGCGACUUGCUAGGUGCUAAAGGAAAGGACAUCCUCUACAUUGGAGACCACAUCUUUGGUGACAUUCUGAAGUCAAAGAAGCGCCAGGGCUGGAGGACAUUCCUGGUCAUCCCUGAGCUGGCUCAGGAGCUGCACGUGUGGACAGACAAGAACUCCAUUUUUGAGGAACUUCAGUCAUUGGACUGCUUUCUGGCAGAGCUUUACAAGCAUCUGGACAGCAGCAGCAACGAGAGACCUGACAUCAGCUCACUGCAGAGACGCAUUAAGAAAGUAACUCAUGACAUGGACAUGUGUUACGGGAUGAUGGGAAGUCUGUUUCGGAGUGGAUCCCGACAGACUCUGUUUGCCUCGCAGGUGAUGCGCUAUGCUGACCUGUAUGCUGCCUCUUUCAUCAACCUUCUCUACUACCCCUUCAGCUACCUGUUCAGAGCUGCUCAUGUACUGAUGCCUCAUGAGUCAACGGUGGAACAUUCGCACAUCAACAUCAUCGACACGGAGUCGCCGCUCGCCACACGGAACCGCCAUGAUGUCGACUUCAAAGAGAAUGAGUGCAAACGGCACCAGUUGACCCGGUCCAUCAGUGAGAUCCAGCCGCCACACCUCUUCCCUCAGGUUCCUCAGGAGAUCACCCACUGCCACGAUGAAGAUGAUGAUGAAGAGGAGGAAUAGUGGCAUAAAGGAGGAGCCUUCAUCACAUCCAAAUGUUUAAUCUUUUCUUUGAAUUUUAGACACCAGAGCUGAUUAUCAGAAACCAGGUCUCACCUGCUCUCCCUCGGUUUUAUAUGUUCAUGGUUGAGUUUAGGAAGGAGAAGAGAAAAUGGAGGAAAUGCAUUCAUGUCCUGAUUCUUUUAACGGUUAAUGAUGUGUUUUUAAGCUGAUUAUGCAUCCGUUCAUUACUAUUUUCUGUUUCAUCUUUUGUUUUAUUUGUCAGAAAGAUAAAAGAAAAGUACUGA